AUGAGGGAAGCAAGUGAAGAACGUUUCGGAACAAGGAUAUCUGAUAUAUGCAUGAAACAUAUUAAUUAUCCCCAAGAUAUUGAUGAAAGAAUAUUUCCAACAUUUGAAAAGAUCGAUAAGCUGUAUAAUGCUUUUAGUAAUUUUAAAGAUCCCUUACGUCCAAGUAAAUCCAAGCUUGAUGAUUUUAUAAGGUGUAUGAGACAAUUAGAAUCUCAUCAAAUUGAAUAUAACGAGAUUUUUAUAAAAGUUCUUAAAGAUGUUAACAAGUUAUUCAUAGAUUUUGUGAUUAGUUUAGAUCGUACACAAUUUCAUGUAAAAAUUUUUUUACAUUAUAUUAGUGAUGAAAUGAGAAUUAAUGGAAUAUUGAGAAUAAAAGUGAACAAAACUGUUAAAGACACAGUUACAGAAGCAGCAAUAAUAGCAGAUACAUAUAAAGAUGGACAUAUUGGUAGAGGUACUGGUAAAGAUGUUGGAAUAGGUUUUUUAUCAUUUGCAAUAUUAGUCAUUGUAUUCAUAUUGUAUAAGUAUACCUCUUAUUUUUCAUUUUUACAAUCAAGAAUAGGGAAAUUAAGAAAAGUACUGAAAAAAAAUAACAAAAAUAAUCUGGAAUUCAUGGAUAUAUUUGGUGCUAAAUACAAAAAUUCAAUUGAUGAUUCAUAUAGAAUAGCAUAUAUAUCAGUUAAAUAUAGGUACUAA